CCGCCUCGGCUCCGGCAUGGCGCGGCGCAUGCUGCUGCUGCUGCUCCUGCUCCGGCUCCGGUGUGCCAGCCCGGGCUCGGCUGGAAACUCCAGCUGGCCGGCCGUGCCUCUUAACCACACGAGCGGGGGGCUCCCGGACACCGGCUCCGCGGUGCGUCGCUCCUUCUACGUAAUCACAGGGCUCUGCGGCCUGAUCUCGCUUUACUUCCUCAUCCGGGCUUUUAGACUCAAGAAGCCACAGCGAAGGAGGUAUGGGCUCCUGACCAACACAGAGGAGCAUGAAGAGAUGGCCUCUCAGGACAGCGAGGAAGAGACUGUCUUUGAAACCAGGAAUCUGAGAUGGUAGGAAGGAUUUCAUCAAUGAGACAAACUAGCAAGGGACCAUGUCUCUAAAAGGGUUCAAGGCCUAUCUCAGAGGUGGAAUCCCCCAGUGGGGGGCUGGGAGGUUGCCAAGAAGGUGUGUCAGUAGGGGUUUUGGUAGCUCUAAUGGAAACAGACACUGACACAGAGUGUCCCAGCUGAGGACCACACAGGGAAUGUGGCACCACAGAGGGCAGAGCAGAACUGCAGUGAGGGCGGAAGCAGCUUCCUCAGUGUUCUGAGCAGGGCUGACUGGCCUGUCCUGGUGGUGGCUGCUGUAGAGCCGGGACCACACUGGACACUAGAUCUGGCUUCCCAAGGGCCCUGAAGGAGGUGGACACCAGCUUCAGCAUCUUCUGUGGUCUCUUCUUCCUACUCUGGUGGACCUGCAGGGGACAUCAUCUGCGUGCUGGG